GUUCACUCACCAACUCAUUUCAGCCAACAAUCUCCAUAUCGAUCACGUUUCUGUGUCGGUCAUCUUCAUUGCUCCUUUGCUCACUGUAGCGCUCAUGGCUGCGGCUUCUAUUCUGGCCAUACCCUCUCACAUGAAAGCUUGGGUCUAUUCUGAGUAUGGCAACUCAUCUGAAGUUCUCCAUUUGGUCGAAUUUGCUUUACCUCAACUCAGCCAUGAUCAGGUUCUCCUCAAAGUCUCCGCCGCUUCCCUCAAUCCCAUUGACUACAAGAGGAUGGGUGGCUUCUUCAAGGACACCGACUCUCCUUUACCUACUGUUCCUGGAUAUGAUGUUGCUGGUGUAGUGGUGAAAGUAGGAAGUGCAGUGAAGAAAUUUAAGAUUGGGGAUGAAGUGUAUGGUGACCUUAAUGAGAAAGCCUUGGAUCACCCAAUGGUGGUUGGGUCUCUGGCAGAGUACACUGCUGUAGAAGAGAAACUACUAGCCCAUAAACCUCCAAAUCUGAGCUUUGUUGAGGCUGCUAGCAUUCCUUUAGCUCUGGAGACUGCUUAUGAAGGGCUCGAGCGUGCCGGCUUUUCAGAUGGAAAAUCCAUCCUUGUUCUGGGUGGUGCUGGUGGAGUUGGAACCUUUGUUAUCCAGCUUGCCAAACAUGUUUAUGGCGCAUCGAAAAUAGCAGCAACUUCUAGCACUAAAAAAUUGGAAUUGUUGAGGAACUUGGGUGCUGAUUUACCUAUUGACUAUACAAAGGAGAAAUAUGAGGAUCUGGCAGAAAAGUUUGAUGUAGUGUUUGAUGCAGUAGGAGAGACUGAACGGGCAUUCAAGGCUAUUAAAGAAGGAGGCAAAGUGGUAUCAAUAGUACCGCUUGCUGGAAUUCCACCGACAAUUAUGUUCAUACUAACAUCAGAUGGAGCUAGUUUAGAAAAGUUAAGACCUUACAUUGAGAACGGCAAGGUGAAGCCAAUACUGGAUCCGAAGAGUCCAUUUCCAUUUUCUCAGACGACGGAAGCAUUUGCCCACCUGGAAUCUAAUAGAGCCACUGGAAAAAUAGUAGUCUACCCUAUUCCAUGAACACAAGUUUAUUGCUUUCCAGAUUGUGGAUUGUUUUGGUGCUUACCUCGUUCAAGGGAGACUAUACCGAUUGGUAAUAAAUAAAUAUCUUCAUGAUGUGGUUGCUGUGUGGUUCGUUACUUGGUAUCUUUAUGUGUGCUUCAUGGUUGAAACUUUGUAUCUGUAUGAGCGGUUUUAUCUUGGUAUGGUAUUGUUACAUUAGAUAUUGAUGUGAUCUAUCAACUCUCUUCAUGUGAUUACUAAGUGAAUGGGACAUCUUUAAUGGAAUAAUAACUGAGUUUGGCAAGGUUA